AUGCCCUGCACGAUGCUGAAGGGGCUGUUGAGCCAGUCGGCCACGCACGGCAUGGCGGGAGAGAAGCGGGCGAAGGCCGCCGCCGCCGCCUCCCCAGCGCCCCGCAGCCGCCGACUCCCGCUCGCCAGCCCAGCGCGGGGACCGCGGACUUCCGCCCUCCGCCUUCUCCUCCUCCUCUUCCUCUCAGAGCGGCCGCAGCAAUGGCGGCGCGAUCCGAACCCGCCUUUUCCUCUCGCCCCUCCCUUCUCCUCCUGCCGCGCCCGCUCGCGGGGCCGCCAUCUUAAAGGCGGGCGGGAUGAGGGCGGAAGGGGCCGGGCUGCCGUUGGGAAGGGACGUGGACGGGGCGCAGCCAUGGCGGCGGCGAAGCCCGGUAGCGGCACCAACCUUCUCUUCGCUUCCUCCGCUACGGAAUUCAACUUCACCGUGCCUUUCAUCCCGGUCAGCCAGGCGCCGGCCACGCCGCCGGGCCCCGCUCUCCUCACGGCGGAUGAUUCUGCAGAUGUUGGCGAAGAGGACAGCUUCUUGGGUCAGACUUCUGCCAGCCCUAAUCCUCCACAGACUUUCAACUAUUUCUCUCAAGUGCCCAGUAGCAGCGAUCCGUUUGGAAGCAUUGGGCAGCUGCCCUUAACAUCUUCUGCACCACCUGUUGGAGCAGCAGCCUUCUCCAGGCCUCCAACUUCACUUCCACUUGUGACUGGGUCACAGGACGGGCAAAAUGCCUUUUCUCCACAGCUUCCCAAGUCACAGUCCUCUUCUGGUCCUCCACCUACUUCACAGGUGGGAAUUGCAGGUUAUCAGACUCCUCAACAGAGUUGUCCCCCACCUGCAAAUGCUUCUGCUCUUCCAUCUCAGCAGGGUUAUAAUCCUUAUCGCCACACCACCCUGAGCAGCAGAGCCAACCCAUACCUUACUCCUCCACAACUGCAGCAGGGUCACGCAUCAACCCCACCUGUUCACCCACCAUCUUCUGUCCCACCUGUCCAGAUGUAUCAGACACCUCCAGGGCCAUUGACACAGUUUCCUCAGUCUCAGUCACAGCUCCGAGCUCCCAGGCCUGCAGGUCCAUUGGUCCAAGCACCUCCUGUUCUGCCACAGAACCAAUAUGAGCCUGUUCAGCCACACUGGUUCUACUGUAAAGAAGUGGAAGACAAGCAAAUAUGGAUGCCAUUCAGCAUUCUGGAUUCUGCAAAACUAGAGGAAGUCUAUAAUUCUGUCCAGCCUGAUCCUGAGAGCGUGGUUCUGAGCACUGAUGGCGGGCGCUAUGACGUGUACCUGUAUGACAGAAUGAGGAAGGCUGUUUACUGGGAAGAAGAGCCUUCAGAAGUGAGACGAUGCAUGUGGUUCUAUAAGGGAGAGAAGGACAGCCGCUUUAUUCCUUACACUGAGGAUUUUAGUGAUAAGCUGGAGGCAGAAUAUAAAAGGGCUGUAACUACAAAUCAAUGGCAUCGUCGACUUGAAUUCCCAAAUGGGGAGACAAUUGUUAUGCAUAAUCCCAAGGUUAUAGUUCAGUUCCAACCUUCUGCUACAUCAGAUGAAUGGGGCACCUCACAAGAUGGUCAGGCAAGACCAAGGGUAGUAAAACGUGGAAUUGAUGAUGACCAUGAUGAAAUACCUGAUGGAGAAAUGGCCCAAGUUGAUCAUUUGGUGUUCAUGGUUCAUGGCAUCGGGCCUGUGUGUGACUUGAGAUUUAGAAGCAUUGUUGAAUGUGUUGAUGAUUUUAGAACCGUUUCUCUGAAGUUGCUGCAGACUCACUUUAAGAAAUCUUUAGAGGAAGGUAAAGUGAGCAGAGUGGAGUUCCUUCCAGUUCACUGGCAUAGUUCUCUGCAUGGAGAUGCAACAGGUGUGGACAGGAACAUCAAAAAAAUCACUUUGCCAUCGAUUGGACGCCUGCGCCACUUCACCAACGAAACCCUGCUUGACAUCCUGUUUUACAACAGCCCCACCUACUGUCAGACGAUUGUGGAUAAAGUAGGGAUGGAAAUGAACCGCCUGUAUGCACUUUUCAUGAGUCGCAAUCCAGAUUUCAAAGGAGGAGUCUCUGUGGCUGGACACAGUUUAGGUUCCUUAAUUCUGUUUGACAUAUUAUCUAACCAGAAAGACUUGGCUUCAUCAGUAAAUACUGAACCUUUCUCUGGUGUUAAUGGGACUGAAAAGGAUGUGCCUGUUCAAGAUAAACAGAUGACUGAAGAUACCAGUUCCUUGGGCUCCUCAAUUACCACUUCUGGUGAUGACCUUUGUGAGCCUGAAGUAGAUGAUGAUGUUCCUACUUUGCAGAAGACUCUGGAGAUGCUGAGUUUAUCAGAGUAUGCAAGCACAUUUGAAAAGGAGCGGAUUGACAUGGAAUCUCUGCUGAUGUGUACAAUUGAUGACCUGAAGGAAAUGGGGAUACCUCUUGGACCAAGAAAGAAAAUAGCCAAUUUUGUAAAAGACAGAGCAGCCAAGCAGGAACAGAAGAAAGCUGCAGCAGAGAAGAAAGCAGCAUUGGCUGCCAUGCUUCAAACACAAGAAGCUUCCCAGAAAGCAAAAGAAACAGUUACUUCUGUCUCACCUUCAGAGUCAGGUCAGCAGCACUCAAAGAGGAAGCUUCCAGUUGGUGCAUCUGUUUCUUCUGUGAACGUUGACUAUGAGUAUUUUGAAGUUGGAACUGGUCAGGUUUCAGUAGUUUACAGUGCACUGGACUUUGAACCAGAUACAUUCUUUGCUCUUGGUUCCCCUAUUGGUGUCUUCCUAACUGUACGAGGACUGGAGAAGAUUGAUGAGAACUACAGGCUUCCUACUUGCAAGGGUUUCUUCAACAUCUAUCAUCCACUUGAUCCAGUAGCUUACAGGAUAGAACCAAUGAUCAUUGAAGACUUGAGUUUAAAACCAGUUCUUAUUCCACACCACAAAGGCAGAAAAAGACUUCAUCUAGAGUUGAAAGACUCUCUGUCUCGAAUGGGAUCUGAUCUGAAACAGGGUUUUAUCAGCUCUUUGAAGAGCGCGUGGCAGACCCUUAAUGAAUUUGCACGUGCUCAUACGUCUUCAACUCAGCUACAAGCAGAACUGGAGAAAGUUGCUAACCAAAUUAAAGAGGAAGAGGAAAAGCAAGUGGUAGAAGCUGAAAAGAUCACUGAAAGUCCAGACCUUCCAAAAGAUGAGGAUUUUACAGUGAAGGUUGGAAUGCUGAAUGGAGGACGACGCAUUGAUUAUGUUCUACAAGAAAAACCAAUAGAAAGCUUCAAUGAAUACCUUUUUGCUUUACAGAGUCAUUUGUGCUACUGGGAAUCUGAAGACACUGCCUUGCUGUUUCUCAAAGAAAUAUACAGGACUAUGAAUAUCAAUCCUGAGCAGCCACAACACUGAUGCAUAGAUACGUCCAUCCCUGUUGGUCUGACAGACCUGGUGAAAGCUGCUUCAAAGGACACCUGCUAUUUGCAUAGUUAGAGCUGGCAGGAUAAGUAUCAGACUUUCCCUGCAGUCCAGAACUCUCUCGGAUUCUGCCUUCCUGUGUCGCUUCAAGCAAACUUAGUUCUGAAAAGAUCAGCCCCAUCAUUCAAGAGAUGAAUGGAAUGACACGAUUUUGGUCUUAUAAAUCAGUUAAAUUGUACAGCUGCCAAAUAUAAAGUGAUCACUGAGGAGUUCUCUGGCAUGCAAAUCAUUACUUCUCUCCCUCCUAACUCAGCUGACUGUCAAACAUGCUUUGUCUACCAAGGCAGAACGUCCUUGUUAAAAAGGACUUGUUGAGAAACAGCAAUAAUCUGCUUUUCUUGACGUGUUUAUUGGUCCACCUUUUAGUAAUAAAACGUGAACUGUAGUUAUAACCACCUUUAAUACAGAUUACACAGAGCUGCUCCUAUUUACAAAAAACUAGCAACAAGAAUAAUUUUCCUUACUAUUGUAAGUGUUGCAGAGAUUUUAUAAAGAUCUUUUUAAGUUUCUGCUGUUUGUUUUUUUUUGUUGUUGUUUGUUUGUUUUAAAGUAGAAAUGAACCUUUGAUUUCAAGAAAGUUAGAGGUUUGUUACUGGUAGUUCAGUGUUCACACCUCUGGAAAAGAGCAGUUUAAAACCACGUUUUGGUCAAAUGAUUGAUAGUUUAGUGAAACUAGGCUGCACUUGUGAGAACUGAAAUACUUACCUUGACAUUGCAGUUUAAUCUCUCAAAAUACUCAGUGGAAGUACAGGCAUCUGAAGCAUAUGGACUUUAGAUAAUAAUCUAGGUCCAGAUCAGCAGCCCAGUCUGUUCAUCUCUUAAUGAAGUUGAGAUGAGUAGGGUUGCAUGUAAUCAUGAGUUUGUGUCUCUGAAUACUGAGCUUCUGUAGCUUUCUUCUAGCUUCAGCUUACAUGCAAAUUGUGGCUUUUCUUAAUAACUUAACUUUACUACUGACUGCUUGCUUCUGCUAUUGCAAUAAAUGCAUUUUGAAAUGCAGUAUUUUUUUUCUAAGUAUAUGUAAAAUACACAUUCUAGUGUAAAUACUUUAGUUAUUGUAAUUAUAAAUACUUCCCAUGGGUCUUUACAGCAAAAAAUCUGUAUUUCAUCACAGAGUAGGUUGGAAGGGGCCUUUGGAGAGGUUUAGUCCAACUCCCCUGCUCAAAGCAGGGCCAGCUUAAAUUAUGUGGCUUAGGGUCUUAUUCAAGGAUGAUGAUCCAUCACCUGUCUGGGCUCUAUUCUUAUGUUUGACUACUAUUACUAAGAUAUUUUUCUAAUAUAUUAUUGUCAUUUCCCAGGCAGAGUUUGUCUACUGCCUUUUGUCCUCUCUGUGCAUCUCCAAGGACAGUCUGUCUCUGUCCUCUCUGCACCUUUUCACAAGAUAGUUGAGGACAACAAUGGGAUUUUCCUGUUGGCUUCUCAAGGCUGAACACUUUCUUCCAGGCAUCUCCUUUCACGCAGAGUGCUGUAAAUCCAAAUAUAUUAAAAUAUAUAUGUAUCUUAAAAGCACAAAACUAAAACAAGCCAACAAAGGAAAGAAAGUACAUAGCAUGAAGAAUAAUAACUCUGUGUGAGAAAAAUAACCAGAAAAUAGAGGAGAAAAAAAAAAAGGGUUGUGGCUUGAUUGUUUGUUUGUUUUUUUUCCAGUGCAAAUGUUUAUAAAUGAAGUCUAAGGGGAAAAAAAACAUAAUCAGAGCCUCUCUAAGAAAUGCACUGCUUUUCCAACAGAUUCCCAUUUGAAGGAAAUUGAAUCUUUCACUGAAAACAGAAUUAUUUUGAAAAUACUUCUGCCUAACUCAAGCAAAGAGGGCUGACUUCUGCCUCUCUGCUUCAGGAGCUGUUGUCUGUGCUGGCAGCAUUUCCUCCCUCUGGAAACCUCUCCUAGCACUUCUGUUUGUAAAAGCAGUGUAGUCAAAUUGUGCUUGUGCCAUGUGACGUUUUGUAUAGUAUUGAAAUCUUCAGUAACUGCUUCUGGAGUUGUCCUGAUACAUAUAUUUUUUUUCCCAGUGAAUGUUAAAUUAAUAUUUAUAACUUUGUGUCUGCAGUAUGACAAAUGUGCUACAAGUUCUGUCUACAGUGAUACUUUCAUAACAAUGUUUUCCCCAGUUCCUCUCUGUAUGUCGUCUUGUUUCUUGUUACGAAUAAUAAAGUCUUGCAUUCCAUUUUUCCUUAACUCUCAGCAUUUGGUGCCAGUGACAGUGUUAGUCUGUGGAGAGCUGGGCUUCAGACCUAACAGGAGUGAGCACUCUGGAGCCACCCUUUGAAGUGCAGCAUUGCUCUGACCAAGCAAGUGUUCUUAGAUUGCAUUUAUUUUUUAUCAGCACUUUCAAUUAGGAUAUGUUCCCUAAAUGUUAAACAAAAAAGGUAGGGGCAUUCCAUGGAUUCUUGAUGAAAAAUGAGAAAUACCUGCUCCAGGUACGUGGUCUGAUUUCAGUACUCAAUACGUUCUUGGCAUAUCUGCUUUUAAUUGAAAUCAUGUAAGUUAUUGACAGUUUGCUUUGAUGUAGUAAGAGCAGCCUGCUGGUUGUUUCCAGACUCUUGUAACAGCACCUGUUAGCAUAAAAUACAAACUUGGCUCUGGAUUGCUCUCUGAUUUUCCUAACUGUAAAUCAGGAUUCGCUUCCUAAAAGAUAGUAGAUCUACUCCGGUGUAAAUAAAAUUGCAAACAUACCUGUUUACUCUUCAUUUCUACAGAGGUAGGAAGGUUUUUGUUUGCUUUGAUUGGUAGCAGUUGUGUUCUAAAGAAUGGACAAAGAGCAGCUCUCAGUUUGCCAUGGUGAAAGGAAGGAGGGGAAGGAAAGCAGGAGCUGGGCUGUGGGUACCACUGAGCUCCUGGCUGCCUCCCAGCUGGAGCAGGGAACGAGGCUGAAGAGUUGAGCAUUGCUAAUGCUGCUUGGGAGCUGGUGGAUCAAAACCAGGAGCUGUUUAGGCCCUCCUUGACCCUGUGCACAGGGUUAUGACCAGUAAUGGAAUUAUGUGAACGUUGUGCUCUCGCUGCAUUGUAAGCUGUAGUAAAACCCAAGAAUCCCUUUGACUGUCUUGUAUCAUAUGCACUUCUUUUCAGAGUUGGUAACUCAAAAAGCAACCUGUGCACAGAAAACUUCUGUUUCCUUUCUGUUUCCUUCCUUGCUGUGUUGCAAAGCCCAAAUAAGUGAGAAUGUUCAAUAACCUGCAUGGAUUUGUUCAUUAGUACAAUUUUGCUUGCAGAAUCACUUCAGCUAAGCUGUGUGGAGGGUGUGAGAACCCCAUGUGAUGCACCUUGAAGCUAAAGUGCAGCUCUCCACAUGCAUGACGAAUGGUGCUUUCUGCCUGAUGACUUUCAAAACCUGGAGCUCUCCAGACUUCCUUUAUGCAUGAAGGCUAUAAAAGCAGUAUCUUUCAUAUGUCAAUAAAAUGGCUUCAGAUCCAUACAAAUUCAGGCAAUCAAAUGUGAAGUGUUGUCUGUUUAAGGAUGAUAACAAGAACAAAGAUCUGGCAGAAGGAAAAAAAAAAAAAAAAAAAAAAAAGGCAGUUGACCUUGUAUUUCUCCUUUUGCCACAAAAAUCUUCAAAUAAUUUGUAAUUUCAUCCUGUUAAAAUGGCCUCUGAAAUGCAAGCAGAGCAAUAAUUUUGCCCCAGACUGCUUUGAAUGCACGAGUAGGGAAAGAGUUGAUUCAGACACUGCUUGUGAGCUUCUCCAGCAGGAGCCUGCUUCCCAGAAGUCACGUUUUCCUAAGCUAAGGCUUGUUCUGGGCAUAGUGGAACAUUUGGUUAUUCUUCUCUUUGCAGCUUCAUGAUUUUCUCUGUCUGUGUUUGGAUAUGUUUGUCCUUUCCCCACUUUUCCAUCCUUGUGAAGGACUAAGAGUACAGCUUUGAAUUUCCCAUAAGCCUCCAGGGAGGUUCUCACAAGUGAGAUGGGUUGCAGGUUGUAGAAGGGAAUUAAGGGAGAAACAGAUCUUGGCUUUCUGCAGCCUCAGGGAAAAAGGAGCACAGCCAUGUCAUGACAAAUACUUUCUCUCUCUUGUUUUUUUUUUCCCCUUAGCUUCUCUGUGGAGUUGGAUGUAGAGAAAAUAAUGAUGGUUCUACUGAGUGCAAAAAUAAAGUUUCAGACAUAAUGUAAAAGAAAAUAACCUAAAAAAAUCCUUAAUGAGGGCAGCACUGUCUGCAAGGUAUUUUGGCUAAAUGAUUUCUUAAGGGACUUUGAUGCUUUUAAGUAUUGUGCCCUGUCAAUAAUGAGUUUCAGACCAUCCUUUGUACACAUUUAUGUGGUUUAAGCUGCUGGAAGAUCCUUUGCUAAUGGGAUCACAGUGCAAGUUUCAGUAUUGAUUGAAAUAUAAUGACAUCUGUUGAAUGAUUUGGGAUGUUCUCUAAGGAGAGAACCUGCUUAGAGAGCACUGCAAAGAGAAAGCUGUGAAGAGAAACUGGUGGCUGAACAGAGACAGCGACUGUAUGGGCUAACAGGUGUAGAUACACGUCUAGAUACUUAUGUAUGAUGUGUGUAUGUAUAUACACUGAAAGAAACACUUUUCUCUCAUUUGAUGUGGAUAGGGAGUGUGAGGUAUUCUCAGUCUGUGGCAUCUACUUGGGAAAACUCAAACAACAGUUUCCACGCCUCCAGCCAUGCUGCUCAUGUUUGAAAUCAUGCAGAUGUUGGCAGAGCAGUAGAAGUUGUGUCAACUUGUGAAAAAUACAUAUGGAAGUAGAAGUUGAUGAUGACAAUUUACAUUGAAAUGAACGAAAUGAAACUUAUUAAAAUAUUUAUAAGACA